AGGUAAAAAUGGAGUUUUCUAGAGAACCCAGAGAGCUUCAGAGUAACUAGGAUAGGGAGCAAGAAAAGGGGGUUAUUUCUGCGGAACUGAUUACAAUGAUAGUGCUACCAGAACUGCAGGACUUGCCGGAAAUGAUAACACUUGAGAGUAGAGCCAAUUUAAGCGCACCUAGUGAUUCCAGUAGCCGUCACUCUUCUCCAUUUAAAGACUCUUCUUCAGCAAGGACAUCUAGUGACGAAAAAGGUGUAGGGGAAGGUGAUGUAGGGGUGGAUGUACCUAUGCUUGCUAAAUGGGAGGGUGAAACCAUCAAUGGGAGGCUUAGUAACAUCUGUCGAGCACCACAAAACUCGUCCGCUGGUUUUAGGUUCAGGGCAUCACUUUAUCAUGAAGUGGCAAACGGUGUGGCCACCAUCAAGGGGUAUAAAAAGUUGGAGGAGAUGGUGAGACAAUACAAAAUCCCCAGAACUAUUUUGUUACUAGCUGGCACCAAGAAUGAGAGAGUGUGCACAGUGUCUCGAACGGGAUGGAUUCUAGUGUACGUAGACCAUUUUAAUGCCGGUCGGCAUUUUUCUUUGUCCAAGCUAAUUUUUGAUGAUCUGGCAGAGUAUGAACUGGCACUUGCGUAGUUAACCCCUAACAACAUAAAGUUUAUCAUAGGAU